CAGCUGUCAAGGAACAGCUGAUGUAAAUGUAAAGUUGUUUUUAAUUGGGAAAUUUGUCAUUUACCUAAAAAUAGAUAAAAUCAGUUAAAAAAGCAAGUGUUUUCCACCCUUUCUCAAUAUGCCUUUCUCACCCGUCCCAUCGGAAAUCAAGCCGGUGGCCCAUUUAAUGAAAUUAGCGGAUGAACAUGACCAGCGAAACGUUGUGGUCGCCUAUUGGGCCCGCAUGGCAGCUUGUCGUCUGGCCUUAAAGAUGGUCCCUGGAAAAAAGUCUCCCGAGUUUACAACUCUGCUUAAUGAAAUUCUUAAUUGGUUGGAGAAGGCCAAAGAAGAGCACCGUAGUAAUGAAGGAAUAUGUAGCGAGACCACUGCACAAGCUUUAAUAGAAGAGUAUGCCCUAAAUUUAUUUAGUCAUGCAGAGAAACAAGAUGCAGCGGAGAUUUUUAACAAAAAUACUGUUAAGUUGUUCUACACAGCUGGCAUGUUAUUUGACGUCCUAGAACAGUUUGGCCUCUCAGAAGACCUUCAUGAAAAACAAAAAUAUGCCAAAUGGAAGGCUGCUUACAUACACAACUGUUUAAAAAGUGGUGAGAAACCGCAACCAGGUCCACCCAAUUCUGGAAAUGAAGAGAAUAAUAUGGUCCAUAUUAGUGAGUUGCCUGAGGAAGAACAACUGAGACUUCUGGAAGAAAAGCGUCGGCUACAGGAGGAACAGGAUCGAAAACGAAGAGAGGAGGAAGAAGAGCUUAAUAGGUUAAGCAACUUUGCAGGCAAUAAUACACCUGGGGCAGCUGGAAACAUGCCUGGUCUUAAUAAUGAUGGUUUUCAAUUUCCAAAAUAUUCACCAAUAAGUCCAAACAUUCCUCAACAACCAGGAUCGAUAACUCCAAGCACUCCUCAAGCUUCUGGACCUACCACGCCCGCACCUUCUGGUCCUACUACUUAUAAUUUACCCACCCCUACCAAUUACGGGAUGCCACCCAAUACCCAAAUUCAACUUACCACUGAGCAAAUUCAGAGGGCCCAGAAAUUGACUAAAUAUGCCACAAGUGCCUUGAAUUAUGAUGAUGUCAAAACGGCAGUGGAAAAUUUGCAAAAGGCUUUAAACUUGUUACAGUUUGGAAAAGAGUAGAUUUAAUCAGUCAUUAAGAAUAUCGUUAAAUAAUUUCUGCGAGAGUUAAUAUUUUAGUGGUAAGCUGUAACAAUUUACGUUAUAUUAUUUGUUAUUUAGUGUAGAAUAUUAUUAUUAUUUUCACAUAUGCUUUCAAAGUGUGUUUCUUGCAAGAAAUAAAGCUUAUUUUUAAUAAAGUUGUUGUAACCGUU